AUGGACGAUGAACGCCUACUGGCUGCCGUUAAGGCAUGGCAAGAUAUCAACCUUCCUACAUUACAACUUUCUCUGGACGCGCAAGGACUAGAAAUAGUUGAAAACCAAAAAGAAGGGCUACAGAGCCGGAAGAGACUUGCAGAGCAGACUAAAGAGUUCAAGAAGAUACCAGAUGGGGAAAAGAUAAAGGAGCUGAAGGGCCUUUUAAAAGCCUAUCAGUCUGAAAUCGAUGUUAUUACACGACGAUCAAAGACAGCCGAGACUGCUUUUUUGAAUCUAUACAAGCUAUUAGCAGAGGCACCCGAUCCUGCUUCUCUUUUCGAAACUGUCUCUGCGCAGACUGCCCAACUUACCGAGCUCCACUCCCUUCAACUUGCAAAUCAACAACUUCGCGAUGAACUGUCCCAAACGAAAGAGCAGCUUGCAGGAAUGAAGAAGGAAGAGGGAGGAAUGGCAACUCUGAAGGCACGCUUGACGAGAUACGAAGCAAUGCUGGAUGAUAUGGUCAAUGAAAAAGUCGCGCAGAAAGAGGCUGAAAUGAAGGUGGCGAUGGACGAGAAAAUCCGGAUCUAUAAGGAGACAGAGUAUUCCCUACAGCGCCAACUGAGCCAAAUGAAAGAUCAGAUGACAUCCUUGCAGACGACGCAUGAGGUAACUCAAGCUCGGUUGGUGGACCACAGUCAAAAGUAUGACGAAGAAGUCGCAGCAAAACUUGGAGAACUGGAAAUUGUCAUGGUGGACCUUGAUCGUGCGAAUCUAAAGAUUGCACAAUUGGAGAGGGACAAUGACAUUCUAAAGGCAGACUUGUCAAAGUAUCGGGGCGACGAUGUUAAUGGAGUCGAGUGGCAAGAUCCAACGGUAUUGUCGAAGAAGAUUCAAUCCCUCGAGGCAGAUCUAUCCAACCAUAUAUCCGAGGCUGAAAAGCUGCAAGCAACAAUAAGGACGAAGGAGGCAGAUUACGUGAAACGGCUCAGUGAAAUGGAGAGGGAUUUAGCAAGAAAAACUCUGGAGGUCGCUGAGUACGAGACAAAGAUGGUCAUGUACGAAGAUUAUGACGAAAUCAAAAGAGAAUUAGAUAUCGUCAAGUCAAUCGAGUUUGAUGGGCUCGAACUUGAUGAUAACACAGAUCCUCUCGGCACUCCCACGUCUCCUGAUCUGCACUCCGCCACGCCAAUAGACACCACAUCUUCCCACUCGAAUUCCCUGGAACGUCUCCUUCUUUCCAAGAACAAAAAGCUACAAUCCAUGUUGACAGCAGCGAAGUUGUCCCUCACUAAUACGCAAACCGAGCUGAGUGAUGUUUCGAAACGGCUGGAGGAUGCUCAGCGCGAGGCAGAAAACUCUAAAGCACUGGUUAGGAAACUAGAGGAGGAUCUAGCGAAGAUAGAGAGGUUUGGUGGAUCAGCGAGAAGUAGCGUUGGAGUAAUCCAUGGCGAUGGAUUAUCUGCGCUAGUAUCUGGGGCAACGCUGUCUCCGGUGGUGAUGCCGCGAUCAGCUGAAGUGAGCGAAAGUUCGAUUGUCCCCAUCCUGACCAGCCAAAGAGAUCGGUAUCGGCAGAGAAACGCGGAAUUGGAAGAGCAAUUGCGUUCACACAUGGCCACGAUAUCAGAUUUGCGUAAUGAAGUAGAGCGGCUCAAAGCCGAUAAUGUGAAGUUAUAUGAACGGAUGCGUUAUGCGCAGACAUUUUCUUCGCCGGACGAUGACAACGGAGGCUCCUCCAAUCGGCGAUCCCGUACGAGUAAUCAUACCUCGAUAGAUAUGGCGGCCUAUCCAUCGGGGAGCACUGGGGAUGUUGCAAACAAGUACCGUGCUGCAUAUGAGACCUCCUUGGACCCCUUUGCGCAGUUCCAUACUCAGGAGAAGGCCCGAAGAGUACGAGACUUGAAUCCUGCGGACCGGGCUGCUUUUGUUUUUACCAGAAUGGUACUGAGUCAUCGUGGAAUGCGAUGGGGAUUUGUGAUUUACUGUGUUGGAUUGCAUUUGCUAGUAUGGUGGGUUGCUUUUGGGGGAGUUAUAACGGGAGAUGUCAAAUACGGUGAAGGUCUUGAAGCGAAAGACCAGGCACCAAAUUAG